GACUUGUUUGUGAUAAUGACUUGUUUUGAGCGCUAGAGCGUUUCUUGUCUCUCUUCCCAAACCUUUUUUUUUCGUUUUUCUCUCUUUUCUUUUUCCUCCGUUUUUUUUUGUCAGGGGGCGGGGCAGUAAUCCAACACCUGCCUGUUUUUAUAAGUUGUACAGUAACUGGCUGAACUGCUUUGACAAGUGCGAGGGGGUUAAAACACGCCGGCCGCUCAGAGCCGGGCUUCUUUCUGACUGCAUCUGUCAACGCACACCCAUGCGAACACACUGCAAGAAACAGACCAGAAUAAAAGCUCUGUGUCAGAAGGAAAAGAAGAGCGCGAGAGAAUUGAAAGUAGAAAUAAAGUAAAACCACAAGUUCAAUGCCACCGCUGAGGAAAGACUGACAGCUCACCAGCUGGAGAUGUCGGGCUGUGGGGAGCUGGAGAUGUAUCGGGAUAAUGGAGCAAAGCAGUUCCACGGGAGCGCGCUGGAGAACAUGGACGGCUUACCUGAGGACCUGAUGCUAAGCGGAGACUUUCGCGGGAAGUUCAAGAAGCUGAGGUCCAGGAAAAGGCCCACUAUUUUGGCAUCUUCACCAGGGUACAGCAAGCCUCCCAUCCCUCCGGUGUGCUGCUCGCAGGGUGAGAAGGGACCGCCUGCCAUGAUGCCCAUCAGCGUUGACCCAGAGAGUCGGCCGGGCGAGUACGUGCUGAAGAGCCUCUUCGCCAACUUCACCACCAUCACUGAGCGCAAAAUCCGCAUCAUCAUGGCCGAGCCUCUGGAAAAAACACUUAUAAAAUCUCUCCAGAGGAGUGAAGAUCCACAGUUUGACCAAUUAAUCAGCACCAUGAGUUCUCUGGCCGAGUAUUGCCUUCCAUCUAUCUUACGCACCUUAUUUGACUGGUACAAAAGACAAAAUGGUGUUGAAGAUGAAUCCAAUGAGUACAGACCGCGUUCCAAUACAAAGUCCAAAGUUGAUGAGCAACAGAAAGAUUAUCUGCUGGAGAGGAGAGACCUAGCCAUAGAUUUCCUCUUCUCUCUUGUCCUCAUAGAGGUUCUUAAACAGAUGCCCCUGCACCCAGUUAUGGAUGGUUUGGUCCAUGAAGUGAUACAUUUGGCUUUUAAGCACUUUAAAUACAAAGAGGGGUACCACGGUCCCAACACUGCCAACAUGCACAUUGUAGCUGAUCUCUAUGCUGAAGUAAUUGGAAUAUUAGCACAAGCAAAAUUUUCUGCAGUAAAAAAGAGGUUCACGAGUGAGCUAAAAGAGCUGCGUAAUAAAGAACAGAGCCCGUAUGUGGUCCAGAGCACCAUCAGCCUCAUCAUGGGUGUGAAGUUCUUCAGAGUCAAGAUGUAUCCUGUCGAGGAGUUUGAAGCCUCCUUUCAGUUCAUGCAGGAGUGUGCACAGUUUUUUCUGGAUGUGAAGGACAAAGACAUCAAACACGCUUUGGCUGGUCUCUUUGUGGAAAUUCUUGUUCCUGUUGCAGCGGCUGUCAAAAACGAGGUGAACGUUCCAUGUCUGAGGAACUUUGUGGAGAGCUUGUAUGAGACCACCUUUGAACUGUCAACAAGAAAGAAACAUUCUCUGGCUCUUUACCCACUGGUGACAUGUUUGCUGUGUGUGAGUCAGAAGCAGUUUUACCUCAACAGAUGGCAUUUCUUUCUUAACAACUGCCUCUCCAAUUUAAAGAGCAAGGACCCCAAAAUGGCACGGGUAGCACUAGAGUCCCUCUAUCGACUCCUGUGGGUCUACAUGAUCCGCAUCAAAUGUGAAAGCAACACAGCGACCCUGGGACGGCUCCACACCAUCGUAACGACUCUGUUCCCCAGAGGAUCUCGCAGUGUGGUUCCUAAAGACAUGCCUCUUAAUAUAUUUGUUAAGAUUAUUCAGUUUAUUGCACAGGAAAGACUUGACUUUGCAAUGAAAGAAGUCAUUUUUGAUCUAUUGUGUGUUGGGAAACCUGCAAAAGCCUUUAGUCUUAAUCCAGAGAGAAUGAAUAUAGGUCUCCGAGCAUUCCUGGUUAUUGCAGAUAAGCUGCAACAAAAGGACGGCGAGCCACCUAUGCCCAACACGGGAGCCACGUUGCCUUCUGGGAACACACUCCGUAUUAAAAAGACGUACUUAAACAAGCCUCUUACUGAGGAGGAGGCAAAAGUCAUAGGAAUGUCCCUCUAUUAUCCUCACGUGCGGAAAGCUUUGGACAACAUCCUCAGACAUUUGGAUAAGGAGGUCGGCCGCUGUAUGAUGCUGAGUAACGCACAGAUGCUGAAUAAAGAACCUGAGGAUAUGAUCACAGGCGAGAGGAAGCCUAAGAUCGACCUCCUCAGAACAUGUAUAGCUGCUAUUCCACGCAUCCUUCCCGAUGGCAUGUCAAAGUCGGAGCUCAUAGACCUUUUAGCUCGGCUAACCGUCCAUAUGGACGAUGAACUGCGUCUAAUAGCCCAGAAUUCUUUGCAGAGUCUGCUGGUAGACUUUUCAGACUGGAGGGAAGAAGUUCUCUUGGGUUACUGUAGUUUUCUGCUCCGAGAGGUGCAGGACACACACCAAACCCUACUGGACUCUUCUCUCAAACUGCUGCUUCAGUUACUCACCCAGUGGAAACUGGCCCUUCUUACCACCUGCAAGAGUCUGGACACAUCCAAGAUCUGCUCCGCUGAACUGUUACAGAGUAGCUCUGGCUCCAGGCUUCCCUCCGACCGGACCCCUCAUUCUGCAGUACUGCAUGCUGUUGAGGGUCUAUCUAUAGUGAUGCUGUGCUCCUGCCAGGCCACCACACGCAAACUAGCCGUGUCUGUUCUUCGAGAAGUUCGCCAAAUCUUCCUCACCGUUGGACAGGCUGAGGACGAUGAGAGGCCCAUGAUAGAUGUAUUGGACCAGUUGAGUCCAGUGGUGCUUGAGAGCUUUGCCCACGUGGUGGUGGCCGACUCGGCAUCUCUUCCCACCGGGCAGCAGGCAGACCUGCAGUGGCUGGUGGAGUGGAACGGAUCUCUGGUCGGCAGCCACUAUGACGUGCGCAGUCCGUCCCACGUGUGGAUCUUGGCUCAGUCUCUGAAGGAACCCUGGGCUCUGUGCCUCUUCAGUUUGCUGAGACAGGAGUACCUGCCCAAACACUGCCCAACAGCGCUCAGUUAUUCCUGGCCAUACGCUUUCACCCGCCUGCAGCUCCUCAUGCCCCUGCUGGAGCCCAGCAACCCAGCAAACGCUAAGAAGACAAGCUCAGCUGGUUCAGCGGACAGCUAUGUAUCUCUCUGGAGAAACUAUUUGAUUCUUUGUUUCGGGGUUGCUAAACCCAGCAUCAUGAGCGCGGGUCACCUGCGUGCAUCCACGCCCGAGAUCAUCACGCCCAGCGCUGACAGCAACAGUAGCUAUGAUAACAAGAUUAUAGGGAGCCCAUCUGUUGCAUGGCUCUUGAAGCAGCUGGUCCCUUUGAUGCGAUCGGAGAGCAUCGAGAUCACAGAGUCUUUGGUUCUUGGGUUCGGCCGCACAAACUCACUCGUUUUUAGAGAGCUUAUUGAGGAACUUCAUCCUUUGAUGAAAGAAGCUUUGGAAAGGAGACCAGAGAAUAAAAAGCGCAGAGAAAGAAGAGAUCUGCUGAGGCUUCAGCUCCUCAGGAUCUUUGAGCUGCUGGCGGAUGCUGGUAUUAUUAGUGACAGCACUAAUGGAGCGCUGGAACGUGAUAGCCUGGCCCUGGGCGCGCUCUUUCUUGAGUAUGUAGACCUGACCCGGAUGCUUCUUGAAGUUGAGAAUGACAAAGACAUGGAGAUCCUCAAAGAUAUCCGAGCUCACUUCAGUGCUAUGACUGCAAACCUUAUACAGUGUGUCCCAGUGCAUCAUCGGCGUUUCCUCUUCCCUCAACAAAGUCUUCGACAUCAUCUCUUCAUCCUCUUCAGCCAAUGGGCCGGCCCCUUCAGUAUCAUGUUCACGCCCCUGGAUCGCUAUAGCGACCGGAUCCAGAUUAGCCGAUACCAGUACUGCGCCCUGAAGGCCAUGUCAACGGUGCUUUGUUGUGGCCCCGUGUUCGACAACGUGGGCCUGUCUCCUGAUGGUUACCUCUAUAAGUGGUUGGAUAACAUCCUCGCCUGCAAGGAUCUGCGGGUGCAUCAGCUGGGCUGUGAGGUGGUGGUUCUAUUGCUGGAACUGAACCCAGAUCAGUUGAAUCUGUUGAACUGGGCUGUGGACCGCUGUUAUACGGGUACCUGCCAGCUGGCUUCUGGUUGUUUCAAAGCCAUUGCCACUGUCUGUGGAAACAGAAACUACUCCAGUGAUUUCGUGACCCUGCUGAACCUCGUCCUCUUCAAAGCAUCUGACACCAACAGGGAGAUCUAUGAGAUCGCCAUGCAGUUGAUGCAGUUCCUGGAAGCCAAGCUGUCUGUGUAUUCUAAGAAGAUCGUGGAUCAGAAAAGUGGCCAUAUCUUGUAUGGCACACACGGGCCUCUCCCUGCCCUCUACAGUCUCUCUGUAACCCAGCUUUCCCAGCAGCUUGCCAGGAUGUACCCUGAACUCACCCUUCCUCUCUUCUCAGAGGUCAGUCAGAGGUUCCCCACCACUCAUCCGAACGGACGUCAGGUCAUGUUGACCUACCUGCUCCCGUGGCUCAGUAACAUCGAGCUGGUGGAUGCAGGCCUGCUGCCCACCCUCUCGAGUCCCAGCAGCUCUGUGGGCAACAGGAAGAGCUACACAUUUAACACCUCACCACCUCACCUGCUCAGAGGCACAGGCUGGGGUUCGCUUCAGGCUUCCUCAAUGGUCCUGAACAACCUCAUGUUCAUGACCGCAAAGUAUGGAGAUGAUGUUCCCGGUGCCGAGAUGGAGAACGCUUGGAACGCUCUGGUCAGCAGUGACCGAUGGAGUAAUAAUCUGAGGACCACCCUGCAGUUUCUCAUAAGUUUAUGUGGGGUCAGCAGCGACACCUCUCUCCUGCCCCACAUUAAAAAGGUGGUGAUCUACCUGUGCCGAAACAACACCAUUCAAACCAUGGAGGAGCUCCUUUAUGAGCUCCAGCAGACGGACCCUGUCAACCCUGUUGUGGUGCACUGUGACAAUCCUCCAUUCUAUCGCUUUUCAGCAACGAGCAAAAUUAACGUCACCACCUCCGGUCCAACUUCCAGCAGCAAAGCAGCAAUAGCCGGCCAGGAAAACAUUCCUGACACAGAUGACUCGCCCGUCACAAAGGAAUGUGAUGACAGGCUGUGCAACAUUCUGCGAGCUCAUAACCGGCUGGAGUCGCGCUACAGCAGCAGUUCUGGAGGUUCCUACGAUGAAGAGAAGAGUGAGCCCCUCCCUCCGUAUGCCAUGUGGCUUAUGAGCAUGCUGGAAACCAAUCAGCCGCUUCCUCUUCCAAUGCCGGUCAAUGGAGGCUGCUGGGCUCCGCUGGUCGACUAUCUUCCUGAAACUGUCACCCCACGAGGACCCUUACAUAGGUGUAACAUAGCGGUGAUGUUCAUGACCCAGCUGGUGGUGGACCACAGUGUGAAGGAGGACUGGGUUCUGCAUCUCCCUCUGCUCCUCCAUGCCUGUUUUCUGGGUAUGGAUCAUUGCCGUGCGGAGGUGUUUGAGCACUGUAAGAAGCUCCUCCUGCAUCUUCUCAUCACGCUGUCCUGCAACAACAACUUCAGCCUCAUAGCCUCCGUUCUGUUGAACACCAGAGAUGCCAACAGCAACAAAAGCCUGACGUUCAAACCCAGCUACCAGCCCGAGUUCCUCUACACGGGUGGUGUGGACUUCCUGCGGAACGGCCAGACGUCUCCGGUUCCGGAUUCUGGCCUGAGCUCCUCCUCCACCUCCUCCAACUUGAGUCUGGGGGCCAGCAGCUCCAACCUGCCUCACCUGGCCCAGGAUGAGGUGGAACAUCUGGAGAGCAGCACUGAAGAUGAAGAUAAGAGCAGUAAACUGAUCGAGUUCCUGACUACCAGAGCUGUUCAGGAACUGAUUCAGGAAAUGACACGUCUUACAUCUGCCAUCACUCAAGAUGUUACAGACUCGCCUUUUGGACCUUUGUGGAACCAUGAAGACAUCACUCCUAAGAAUCCACACUCAAAGAGCACCGAGCAUCUCACUAACUUCCUCAGACAUGUAGUGUCUGUCUUCAAAGAGGCCAAAUCAGACGUUCACCUCGAGCAGCAGUGGAGUGAUGUGGCGUUACAGUUGGCUUUAUGCAGCUCCUCCAGACAUUACGCUGGACGUUCCUUCGAGGUGUUCAGAGCUCUCCGGCAACCCCUCUCAGCGCUGGCCGUCUCUGACCUGCUUUCACGAUUGGUGGAGGUGGUCGGGGAGCACGGGGAGGAGGUGCAGGGUUACGUGAUGGAGCUUCUCCUCACUCUUGAGUCUGUGGUGGAUAACCUAGCUGAAUGCUUGAAGAACAAUGACUUCUUUCUCAUACUAAGGUCUGCUUCUCCAGAUCCUCCAUCCACCGGCAAGCUCACUCCAAACCGUAAGAGCACCAGUCAACUGGACCUGAUCCCCGGAUCCAGCACUGCCUCUGAGCGAGUCCGUCACCAGCGUAGCUACUCUGUCCCCAAACGCUUUGGCGAGGCUGAGCGUUCCUCUGAGGUUCCUCGGAGUGCCACCCUGGACCGCAUCCACGCCUGCACUUGCCACCAUCAGGGCAACUCCUGUAAGCUCCGAUCUCAGUCCUCCACCUCCUCCAGGGACAACGUGGUCUCCACCGACCCAACCAACGCCAACCACCCUCGCAACCUGCUGGCCACCAUAUUUUGGGCAACGGUGUCACUUAUGGAGUCAGACUUUGAGUUUGAGUACCAGAUGUCCCUCCGGUUGUUAGGGAAGCUGCUAGGUCACAUUUCUUUGGACAAGCAGGAAUACAGAGAGAAGCUGGAGAAGAUUCAGGUCCAGCUACAAUGGAAAGAGUUCUCUGGGCUACAACAGCUACUUUUGAAAGGCUUUACUUCUGCCAACACCACAGAACUCACUUUGGAGCUUUUUAGCCGGCUUACACCUGUGUCACGCCUACCGGUUGUGGACACCUCACAAGUCAAAGGUUUUCCAUUGAAUGUGCUCUGCCUCAUCCCUCACCUGGUGCUCCAUUUCGACUCGCCCACCCAAUUUUGUAAGGAUGUAGCCGAGAGAAUUUCCCAGGUUUGCCUCGAGGAAAAGAACUCAAAGCUGUCCAACCUCGCGCAUGUGAUGACACUGUACAAAACACACUCGUACACCCGAGAUUGCUUCUCCUGGGUGAACGUGGUCUGCCGAUACCUGCACGAGGCUUUUAGUGACAGCACGCUCAACAUGGUAACCUGCAUGGCCGAGUUGCUGGAGAAAGGACUACCCAGCAUGCAACAGACUCUUCUACAGAUUAUCUACAGUCUUCUGAGUCACAUGGACUUGAGUGGUAUCCAAGCCAAACCCUUCAACGUGGAGGUUCUGACAACCAUUGAGAAGUUUGUUCAGACUGCACAUUGGAAGGAAGCCUUGAACAUAUUAAAGUUGGUGGUUUCCCGGUCGGCCAGUCUGGUUUCGCCAUCGUCGCCGCAGAGCAACGUGUCCAACGUGGAUGUCAGGCGUGUGUGGGACACGCCCUCCAAAGCCUUGCCCGGGAAGACCCUUGAUUUCCACUUCGACAUCUCAGAGACGCCAGUGAUUGGCCGGCGCUACGACGAGCUCCGCGGUUCCCCGAAGCAAGAUGUGCAGAACGGAGGAGGGGUCGCCGUGACGUGCAGUAUCUCCUCGACAUCCUCUGGCUCUUACCAAAACAACCACGUGCUGGUUCCGGUCAGCUGGAAACGGCCACAGUCCUCACAGAAAAGGACGCGUGAAAAGCUGGUGAAUGUUUUAACACUGUGUGGUCAAGAAGUUGGACUCACCAAAAACCCUUCUGUGAUUUUCUCAUCCUGUGGGGAACUGGACCUGAUUGAUCACCAGCCCAGUCUGGUGUCCUCUGAGGACGGCACACGAGACACGGAAAACAUGGACGACACCACGUCUGAGCAGCAGUUCCGUGUAUUCAGAGACUUUGACUUCCUGGAUGUAGAACUGGAAGAUGGAGAGGGUGAAACGGUGGACAGCUUCAACUGGGGUGCACGGAGACGUUCUAUUGACAGUCUGGACCAGACUGAGCCUCAACCAUUGGAGGAGGACAGCCAGCUGUCAGGAAGUUCACCCAGCCUGUGUCCAGUCAUCCAUGAUGAUUCUGAUGAAUCUUCUGAGGAGGAUCCCCUCUCUGCAUCACAGCUAAAUGUCAGCCUGUCUCCCACUGAGGAAUUAAACCCCACGGACUAUCCGCCCGUCUUCUUUGACAACGCUCAAGCUGACCCAGUGCCUCUUUCCAUCCCAACGCCAAACUUUGAGAUCUCACUACCCGAGGGCUCAACCCAUCGGCCAGAGGAUUCAGCUGAAGAAGAUGAGUCAAGCGUCAAUGAGAAUGACAUCUCGCUCUGCAUUUACGAGCUUCCCUCUGACUUCACGUCCUCUGACAUCAUAACAGUGGACACACCCGAAAUGGAAGAAAACAGCUUGGGGGACAGUGGGAUAAACUGCGCACCCAGUGGGUUUGGAGAGGAGCACAGCCCUGUGACACAGCCGGACGAGGAGAAGGAGGAGCUGUCGCUGGAUUCUCGUUCCUCCCCUCCGCCAUCUCCCUUUUUCUCUGCCAUCCUGGCCUCUUUCCAGCCGACGGUGUGUGAUGAUGCCGAGGAGGCUUGGCGCAGUCACCUCAACCAGUUGGUGACUGACUCGGAUGGUUCCUGUGCUGUCUACACCUUCCAAGUCUUCUCCUCACUCUUUCAGAGUAUACAGACCAGGUUCUGCACCUUGACCUGUGAUGCUGCUGGUUACCUUGGCGAUGGCCUUCGAGGAAUAGGUGCCAAGUUUGUGAGGUCUUCCCAGAUGCUGACAUCAUGCUCGGAAUGUCCAACACUGUUUGUGGAUGCAGACACGAUUGUGUCCUAUGGGCUCUUGGAUAAGAUGAAGUUUAGUGUAUUAGAGCUGCAGGAAUACCUGGAGAACUACAAUAAUAAAAAGGAGGUAGUCAUAUCGUGGCUAUGCAACUGCAAGGCAACCUUUCCCAAAUGUGCUGGAGACGGAGUGAUCACAUACCAGCCUGCUAAUACAGAGGAGAAGCAAAUGGAAUCUCUUGCACAACUGGAGCUUUGUCAAAGACUCUACAAACUCCACUUUCAACUACUGCUGCUAUUUCAGUCUUACUGUAAGCUGAUUGGUCAGGUUCAUACCAUAAGCUCGGUCCCUGAGCUGCAGAACAUGUCCAGUGAGCUGAAUGAUCUGAGGAGUAACCUGCAAGCAGCAUCAUUGGCCGGUGAGCCAGCAGCCGAGUGCAAAGACUCCAAUGAUGAGUCCACCUACAGCUCCUCUGAAGCUGCUGUGCAGGCUAUUCUAGAGAGCCUGAGAAACAGUGAAUUCUCCAGAGCAAUCCAUCACAUACGCGAAUGCAGGAAAAUGUGGCCUAGUGACAUCUUCGGCAGCAGCUCAGAGAACGAGAUCCAGACUCUACUCAACAUUUAUUUCCGGCACCAGACUCUGGGUCAAACAGGCACCUUCGCCCUGGUUGGUUCCAAACAAGACAUGUCUGAGAUAUGCGGUCGACUCACCGAGCUCAACUGUGAGAUCCGAGAGAUGAUCAGACGAGCGCAGGGCUAUCUGGCCAUCACCGCCUUUCUUCCGGACUCCAGCGUGACAGCAACUCCUUUGAGUUGAACCUUGGGAGAUCAGCCAGGCAAUGGCCUUCUUACCACCUGUAUUUAUUGUUCUUCCCUAGCGCACACAAUAAAAAGUCCUGCAUAUCUUCUACACGAUAUAACUGAUACUCAUAAGAAUUGCAACAGGGGAUGGACGGUAGAGUUGAAACAAAGACGCCUUGGCUUUUUUGCACUACUGUGUAGCUAAGGGGUCCUUUUCCAAACGGGGGUCCCUAAUGCUGCAGGCAUACCAAAGCUCUAAGAGUGACUCCUCCUGCUAACGGUCUACCAUUAUCAAUGUCACGGGAAAAUGUGCAAUGCCUCACACAAAGUGAAAUAAUCUGUCAUUCUUGGAGAGAAUGUUUAAAAAUGUCCGUUCUCUCAGCUACUUGAACAGAACAAUGAAUGAUACAGAAAUAUUAUGCUCUUUUUUUUAUGUGUUUUGAUUUAGAUAAAGCUGAAAGCCUUUGCUUAUGUGGCUUUUUAAAUGUUAAAAAAAGACAGUAUACAGAGCACACCCUUUGUCUCAGCUUUUACACGUACCUGUACAAAUGAAAUGUCUCCAACAUGAUGCAAUGCUACUGUCAGAGAGACCUGGAUGCAUAAACAGGCACUCCAGCACUUAUUUAUGGGGUUGUUUAAUUUCACUAAUGUCUUUCUACUGUUUAGUUGCUCGCAGAAGAUUUAUUUAUAUUCCUAUCAUGCUUUAAAUGGUCUAGUUUUAUAGGAUGUAAUAUUUCUGUCAUUUUGAAAUGGCCAAGCAUGCAAAGGUAUGUACCAUAAGAGAAAAUAGAACUAUUUAUGGAAUAAGAAGCUAUUUUAACUGAAAGUUACAUUUGUACAUAGUAGUGGGAGUAUAGCUUAUUCUUGUAAGGUUUUAUUUUUAUGGUUUUAUUUUGCUGUCUGCUGUAUGAAAGUGUGCAUGCAAUAAAUAGAUGAA